GAAGCAGACUCUUUUUUCUUCAAUUGAUCUCAUCUGCAGAUCUGCUCAUAAAAAUUGACGGUCUUCCGUCUAACAAGUGCUUGAACUGCAGAUUACCUACCAAUUUUCCAAACUAUCUAUCCAAGAAGUUAAAAGAAUUUUUAUUCCCAGUAAUGGCGAUGCAUAUGACUGGAAUGUCAAAUCAAGGAAUGAUGAAUUUGACCCCUCUGCAGCAGCAACAGCUUCUCCAACAGCAGCAACAACAACAGCAGCAACAACAGGCAGCAGCUAAUAAUAAUCCUCAACAAAUGUUGCAACAUCAACAGCAAUCACAGCCCGUUCCAAACCAGCAAGCAGCAGCAAAUCCUAAUAUGCCCAACCCAGCGGCUCCAAAUCCUGCUUCUGAACAGCAAAAGCUUGACCACAUUGCUAAAGUCAAAACACUUCUUUGGCCUCUGAAAGAGAGUUUAAUUGCAAGUUUUAAAACAGCUGCCCAAAAUUUCAACCAAAACGCCCUGAUAGAUUUUGGAACUAUGAAAGGAACAGAAACCAAUGGGCCUAGAUUUGACAAACAACUAGAGGAAUUUUACUCAAUUUGUGAUCAAAUAGAAUUAAACCUUCAAGCGGCAAUCGGGUGUGCUUCCCAGAUUAGUACCAGCCAACGACACGUUCCUGCCCUAGUCUCUAUAGCAAGGCAAGAGCCUGUCAUCAAUCAGGAAAUGAUGUCUUAUCCAAACUAUGUUGGCGUGGCAAAAACCCAAGUUGCCUAUGUUAAAGACGUAAUUGAUACUCUGAAUGAUGCCGCUCAGAACUUAUCCAAUGACUAAAUUUUUUUCCCCCGGGAUACACGAAAAAAGUUUGCCAUUUUUUAUAUUUAUAAAAUACAUUUGUCUGGCGUUUGAUCGCACAAGCA